GCUGGGGGCGGAGGGCGGAGGCUGAGGCGACUGCUGAGGCGGCGGCCUGUCUGGCCGCGCUCGGGGGCGCGCUCGGGGGCGCGCUCGGGGCCGCGCCAGGCCACGGCCAGCGCGCCGCAGCCCCCGGCGCCCGAGCGGAGUCCCACGGACUCGCUGUCCGAGCCCCGGCGUUGAGCUGCGCGGAGCUGAGCGGCCCGCGGCUGAGGGGGAAGGCUUUCCAGUCGGCAUGGAGAGCUGGACAAGGGCCUAAAGGAAGCUCGCGAGCGGGCGCCACGCUCGGAUCAUUUCAGCUCCACCUGCUCCGCAGGGCCCAGGAGGCACAGGAACACGUGGGAUUCACGACAGAAACAGCCUCCGCCAGUCAAGAAACCCUCAAAAGUAUUUUGCCAUGGAUGUAGAAGAUGAAGAAAACAUGAGUUCGAGCAGCACAGAUGUUAAGGAAAACUGCAAUCUGGACGGCGCGCCCCCCAAGGACGGCAGCGCCCCAGGGCCUGGCGAGGGUGCCCUGCUCUCCAACGGGGGCAGCGGGGGCACCAGCAGGAAGCGGGCCCUGGAUGAAGGCAGCAACGGCCAUGCCAAGUUCCGCCUGAAGAAGCGGAGGAGGGCGCCGGGGCCAGCACUGCCCAAGAACGCGCUGAUGCAGCUGAAUGAGAUCAAGCCUGGUCUGCAGUACACGCUGCUGUCACAGACGGGGCCAGUACAUGCGCCCCUUUUCCUCAUGUCUGUCGAGGUCAACGGACAGGUGUUUGAGGGCUCCGGCCCCACGAAGAAGAAGGCCAAGCUGCACGCGGCUGAGAAGGCCCUGCGCUCAUUUGUCCAGUUCCCCAACGCGUCCGAGGCCCACCUGGCCAUGGGCCGCAGCCUGUCUACCAACGCAGAUUUUACGUCUGACCAGGCCGACUUCCCUGAUGCGCUCUUCAACGGCUUCGAGACGCCCGACAGGUCGGAGGUGCCCUUCUACCUGGGCUCCAAUGGCGACGAUUCCUUCAGCUCCAGCGGGGAUCUCAGCCUGGCCGCGUCCCCGGUGCCCGCCGGCCUGGCCCAGCCGCCCCUGCCUGGGCCCCCGCCUUUCCCGCCGCCCAGCGGGAAGAACCCUGUGAUGAUCUUGAACGAGCUGCGCCCGGGACUCAAGUACGAUUUCCUCUCAGAGAGUGGGGAGAGCCACGCCAAGAACUUCGUCAUGUCUGUGGUCGUGGACGGCCAAUUUUUUGAAGGCUCUGGGAGGAACAAAAAGCUGGCCAAGGCCCGGGCCGCGCAGUCCGCCCUGGCGACUAUCUUUAACUUGCACUUGGAUCAAACCCCGUCUCGCCAGCCCAUCCCUAGCGAGGGCCUGCAGCUGCACCUGCCGCAGGUCCUGGCCGAUGCCGUGGCCCGCCUGGUGCUGGAUAAGUUUGGGGACCUGACAGACAGCUUCGCCUCCCCCCACGCGCGCAGGAAGGUCCUUGCUGGAAUCGUCAUGACAACAGGCACAGACGUGAAGGAUGCCAAGGUGAUCAGCAUCUCCACGGGAACAAAGUGCAUCAAUGGCGAGUACAUGAGUGACCGCGGGCUCGCACUCAACGACUGCCACGCGGAGAUCAUAGCCCGCAGGUCCCUGCUGAGGUUUCUCUACACGCAGCUUGAGCUUUACUUAAAUAGCAAAGAUGAUCAAAAGAGAUCCAUCUUUGAGAAGUCCGAGCGGGGUGGCUUCAAGCUGAAGGAGAACGUGCAGUUCCACUUGUACAUCAGCACCUCCCCCUGCGGGGACGCCAGGAUCUUCUCACCCCACGAGCCCAUCCUGGAAGAGCCAGCAGAUAGACAUCCAAAUCGAAAAGCCCGCGGACAGCUGCGGACGAAGAUUGAGUCUGGUGAGGGGACCAUCCCCGUUCGCUCCAACGCCAGUGUCCAGACGUGGGACGGGGUGCUGCAGGGGGAGCGGCUGCUCACCAUGUCCUGCAGUGACAAGAUGGCAAGGUGGAAUGUGGUGGGCAUCCAGGGGUCCCUGCUCAGCAUCUUCGUGGAGCCCAUUUACUUCUCCAGCAUCAUUCUGGGCAGCCUGUACCACGGGGACCACCUCUCCAGGGCCAUGUACCAGCGCAUCUCCAACAUCGAGGACCUGCCCCCGCUGUACACCCUCAACAAGCCUCUGCUCAGCGGCAUCAGCAACGCGGAGGCGCGGCAGCCAGGGAAGGCCCCCAACUUCAGCGUCAACUGGACAGUGGGCGACUCGGCCAUCGAGGUCAUCAACGCCACCACGGGGAAGGACGAGCUGGGCCGCGCCUCGCGCCUGUGUUCCCUCCAACUUGCUGCGCUCCAAGAUCACCAAACCCAACGUGUACCACGAGUCCAAGCUGGUCGCCAAGGAGUACCAGGCUGCCAAGGCCUGUUUGUUCAGAGCCUUCAUCAAGGCCGGGCUGGGCGCCUGGGUGGAGAAGCCCACGGAACAGGACCAGUUCUCACUCACACCCUGACGGCGUGCAGCACAGCCCCAACCUCACAGCCGGGCUGGGGCAGGUGUGGGUGGGCGGGCGCCAUCCUGGGGGCAGGCGUGCGGUGCGGGGUGGGGUGGGGUGGUGGGUGUGGGCUCGGGGUCCCAGUCCCCACCUGCAUCUCAGCAGCAGUGUUUCCCCUCUGAGUCAUCCAGUGACUGCUUUCAAUCUCAGUUUACGUUUAGAAAUUGAGUUCUACUAAGUAGGGCUUCCUGAAGUUUAGGAAAAUAGAAAUUACUUUGUGUGAAAUUCUUGAAUAAUUUAUUCAGAACUAGGAAUGUGGUUUAUAAAAUAAGAAAUAAUUAUGCCAGGUCACUCUUAUGCCACAUUGUUUUAAGUGCAAAGAGGCAUUUCCAUAUGGAGGGUGUUAGGAAGUAGCGAGGAAGCUAGCCUAAGGAAACCAUCCCUGUCUGCCCGUGGCCCCUUCCCCCAUAGUCGCUGCCCUCCCACAGAGGCUGACCUGCAGCACAGUGACCCGCCAGGUGGCCCCUGGGACCGUGGCCCAGGUCCUGCAGCCCCCUCUUCUAGAAGCUUCUGUACCCCUUGUCAGACCAUAUCCUGGAAAACCUCUUGGUAAUCACAGGUCAAACGUGGCCGGUGAGCCUGGCCAUUCACUUGGGUUUUUUAAGCAGUAUUUAACUCUUAAGGACCAGAAGGAGUCCGCAGGCCAACUGCACAAUAAAUGGCCUAGGAUUCCCUCUGAUCCCUCCUCUGAAUUGCGUGGAUGUGAACGACCAUCCCAAAAUCCUCGCAGGAUGGAAAUAGGAUGAAUUACGUAGAUAUUCACUCUUGGAAAAUGCCACUGAAGGCGUAUUUUUAAAUUAUUCUUUCCCACUUUAUCAAAGACGUGUGUUUGAAAUAUAAGAAGUGUUCAGGCUGAAAGCUGGCGAGACAGCGUGUGGCUCGCGUGGUCUCGACUGAGGUCAGGUGUUGGUGUCACGGCAGGGAAGGGGGUGGUCUGGCGUCUGGGACACCCGGGACACGGGUCGGCACCCCACUGCAGGGACGAGCCCGGGCAGGCCGAGCCAGCGAGUCUGGGGUCAGGGCGGGGGGGGGCCUUAGGAGGCCAUCCCCGCUGAGCAGAGUCCACACUGACUGCCUCCUGCUUCACUCAGGACCCCAGAGGAGCUUCCCGCCCUUCGCGGGGUCAGUGCCAGUUCCUGGUCUUGGGGUGCUGUGGGCGAGAGGGCAGACCCCGCUCCCCAGCCAAGUCCAGGAGUCAGGCUGUGUGCCCAGGGGGUGUGUUGGGGAGUAGGGGAUGUCCUCUAUGGACUUAAUAAGCAGGAGCAGGGUGGCCCUGGCCGUGACCCUUGUGCUCAGGGUGGGAGGUGGGGGCUGAAGAGGGCUGGCCUCCGGGUGUCUCCUUGCACCACAGAGAUGUGAGAUAGUGUGCCCUGUGGGCGCAUGCUGGGGGUGCUGUCCACACACAGGGGUGACCAGGUCAAAGGACAGAUCACCCACACCUCCGUCUGUGGAGCAUGGCUCAGCCUGACCCUGCCAGCACAGGGCCCGGUGGGGCCUGCACACUCAGAAAAGACGUCUGUGAGCCCCUGCAUUUGUAUUCUCGUCUCUAUAGAUGGUAUUUUUUUCUAAUGGGGAUUGGAAGAUGGACUUAGUUUUUUAAAAAAUACUUGGAUUUUGGUUACAAAGUCCAGAGGAACGGUGUUGCGCACACACAAGCUACCCUGCACGCCCAUCUCCCCCCACCCCAGAUAAUUGAAUGCCCUAUGUGCUGGUCCCCAGGGCCUCAGCUGUGUGCCGCUGCCUCUCCCAGGCGGGUCUGUGCCCCCAGGCAGCACGGGCCUGGUGCGGGGCUCUUGCCCCAAGAGUUCUCAGGCCUCUUGGGGAUGCCAAGGAGGCGCCAGGGGGAAGGUGGCCGAGGUUCACAGGGGUGGGGGGCUCAGGGAGCCUUGGGUGGGCAGGACCCCUGUGCAAGGCCAGAGGGCCUCCAGCCCUGCUCCUGGAACAGGACAGCUGGACGCUGUUCAUAGGCAGGAAGUCUCCAGUCCGAUCAUCCUGAGCACUCCCAGUCUCCUCCAUCUGUGUGUCUGUCUGUCUGUCUGUAGGCAGGAAAAGCAGGGAGCGCACCCCCUCAACCCCCAAAGAGAUCAGGGAGCCCAGCAUCUUACACACCCCUCCCAGAUGCCCACAGGGCGUCACCACGGAGCUGUUCCCUUGAGUCCUUUACAUCUCGGGUCCUUAAUCUGGGCUUUAGAAACAGAUUUGACAUAACCAAGAACUUGAUCUCUUGAAAAAAAUUUUACAUUUUUGAGGACAGCUUGACCAGUGGGGAUGGGAGGGGCUCUGUUUUGACUUAUUGGCUGAGCCUGGAGUGUUAAUUCUGCCAAGACAUUGGCCCCUCUGCAGUGCCCAGCCCAAGGGGCAGCUGUCCUGUGUUGUGGAAAAGUGAGCCAGGGCUCGUGGAGGUGGGGCCGAGGCGGGCCUCAUCCUGGGCUCUCCAGCCCUCACCCCCUGCUUGGGGUCAGGACACUGUACUCCUCCCCGCUGAUUGAGUCUUAAAGGGGCUUUUCACCUGGAGAUUUUUAUUGUGAUCAAAACAAGUUAUUUUAUUUUAAAAUGUACAAGCCAGCAUUUCAUGAGAUAUAUAUUUCUCUGGAAUUUAUUUCCUUGGAAUAAUUUUGUUGCCCUCCAGACUGCAGAGCCCUUACUCUCCUUUUCUUGGGGCUGAGCCUCUGGGUCUCCUUGCUGGGCAGGUCCCAGGGUUCACCACCUACCCCUUUUCUCAAAACAGACAAAAAGGAUGGAUGUUUGGCAUUUCCAAAAUACCUCACACCAACAUGUAAGGUCUGCCCCAAUCAUCACUUUGAUCUGGCAUGAGAAAUAAAGUGAACUGGCAUUCCCAUCUCUAAAUACUAUGGAAUCAGUGAAUCUCUCAGAAGGUUUAUUUUUCAUCAAACCUAUACAGAUGGAAAAAGCAGAGUGUGACCGUGUGGGUACAGUUUUGUGAGUCCUGGGACCAUCUCUCCCUCACCAGCAGCCAGCCCGGGGUGCUGGGUUUGUGUCCACACAACUGGGAGCGGUGGUGGGGGGCGGUUCUCACUUAAUCCUGACUCUGAGCUCCUGUUCUGGCAGUAUGUCUGCACCCCCUCGCUCAGUGUCUGGAGGGAUGAGGCUCCCCUGCCCCCGCCAAGGACUUGUGGUUUGGCCACAGCUUGUGCUGACAGCGCAUCACGGACGCAGCCGUGAGCAGUUCAAGGUGGUCUGUGGAGUGAGCCCCGAAAAUGGUUUGCUUCUCCAACUUUGGGUUGUAUGCUUUUAAUUUUGUUCUAGAACUCAGACACUUUCUAUGAAUGUAACUCAACUGAGGACGCUGUCACUAGGGCUCAGCCCUUGGUGUCCACACGUCUACACUAAUGUCCAGGCCACACAUGACCCCCGCAUGAGCUUCCUCCUGCACCGAGACCAGCCAGAACCGAGCAUGAGACGCUGUCACUCAGACAGAGGGCAUGAGAUGUUCUCAAUAAAACCAUGUUUCACCACCACAGCCUUGCCCAGACUCUCUCUCCUCCCUGGUAUCCCCCUCCUUGCUUGGGAAGGGGUGUCAGGAGCAACACCUGCUGGGGGCGCUGCAGCUGGGCUCCGCUCCCCGCCUGUGCCUGCUCUGAGCGCCUGCCCCGAGCGCCUGCCCCGGGGUCAGCCCUCCAAGUCCGGUCCGCAAGUUCAGGGCAGAGGAGCAGACACUGCAUAGCCACCCUGCUCCUGUCCCAUCUGUUGGGGAGGGGGGACAUGAGCCCGCGUGAUAGGAGGCAUGUGGAGGGACGUGGAUGGGGCAGCAAAGAGGGGGCCACACCCCAGGGUGGUACUGACCAGACCAUCUGGGUGUUGGGGCCAGGGUAGCCCCCUGGUUGCAAUAAUGUUCAGGGCUGAUGUUUUGGAAGGACAUUCCCAAUAGAGUGGAAAACUGUAAAGCAAGUGUUUAAGUUCACAGUUGUGGAGAAAUUUGGAUGCUUCAUGGAAGGGGGAUACAAGCAUGCACGGAACAAUCUGAAAUGACUGAGCCUGGUCACCAUGCGUGGAUGACGGGAUGGGAAGUCGUUUUCAUUUUAUUUUCCAUUUAAAAAAAUUUACCUUUGUCCAGUAUUCCUACAACAACAUGAAAAGCAAAUAGGAAAAGUUUCUGGAAAGUGAACAGUCCCAUACAAAUAAAAAGCAGCACUGUUAGAGACAA